CCUCCGGCCCCUGCGAAUAGCGCCGGCCCGCGUGGGUCCCGGCGGGCGUAAACCCACCAUGCAGCUGCAGUUCCGGAGCUGGAUGCUGGCCGCGCUUACCCUGCUCGUGGUCUUCCUCAUCUUCGCAGACAUCUCCGAGAUCGAAGAAGAAAUCGGGAAUUCUGGAGGCAGAGGUACAAUCAGAUCAGCUGUGAACAGCUUACAUAGCAAAUCUAAUAGAGCCGAAGUUGUAAUAAAUGGCUCCUCAUCUCCAGCUGUCGUUGACAGAAGUAAUGAAAGCAUUAAGCACAACAUCCAGCCAGCUUCAUCCAAAUGGAGACACAACCAGACACUCUCUCUGAGGAUCAGGAAGCAAAUUUUAAAGUUCUUGGAUGCCGAGAAGGAUAUUUCCGUCCUCAAGGGGACCCUGAAGCCUGGAGACAUUAUUCAUUACAUCUUUGACCGUGACAGCACAAUGAACGUGUCCCAGAACCUGUACGAGCUCCUCCCCAGAACCUCACCCCUGAAGAACAAGCACUUCCGGACUUGUGCCAUUGUGGGCAACUCAGGGGUCUUGCUGAACAGCGGUUGCGGGCAGGAGAUUGACACGCACAGCUUUGUCAUAAGGUGCAACCUGGCUCCAGUGCAGGAGUAUGCCCGGGAUGUGGGGCUCAAGACUGACCUGGUUACCAUGAACCCCUCAGUCAUCCAGCGGGCCUUUGAGGACUUGGUCAAUGCCACGUGGCGGGAGAAGCUGCUGCAGCGCCUGCACAGCCUCAAUGGCAGCAUCCUGUGGAUCCCUGCCUUCAUGGCCAGGGGCGGCAAGGAGCGCGUGGAGUGGGUCAACGAGCUGAUCCUGAAGCACCACGUCAACGUGCGUACUGCGUACCCCUCGCUGCGCCUGCUGCACGCUGUCCGCGGAUACUGGCUGACCAACAAAGUCCACAUUAAAAGACCCACCACCGGCCUCUUGAUGUACACUCUGGCCACACGUUUCUGUAAUCAGAUCUACCUCUAUGGCUUCUGGCCCUUCCCACUGGAUCAGAACCAGAACCCUGUCAAGUACCACUACUAUGACAGCCUCAAAUAUGGCUACACCUCCCAGGCUAGCCCACACACCAUGCCCUUGGAAUUCAAGGCCCUCAAGAACCUGCACGAGCAGGGGGCAUUGAAACUGACUGUCGGUCGAUGUGACGGGGCCACGUAAGAUGGGCACCCCCUGAGACUCAGUGGCUCACAUUUCCUGCCGGCUACACCACAGGCAGAUGGGAGUCGGGUGGCACAAACAAUAGAACAAGCAGGCUAGUGGUUUCCUUUGUUAAAGUGUAAAACAGUGACCAGAAUAUAUAUAUCUGUACCUGCAUAUAUAUAUUGACCUGAGUAUUUAUAACUGUGUGGUGUUCAUCUAGCAUUAGGCAGAUAAGCCACAGGAAGAAGGUGUGGAGAACCCACCUGAACCAGAUUGAAACUCAGUCCAUCUUUGGGGGCGGAAGGACUUGACAUGCAAAGAAGCC